UUGAUGACGUCUAUCACAAAAUUCCUAUUUAUUUAUUGAAAGUAAUAUUUAAUCAUGUUGCUGGCGAAUAUUCCAUACCCGAUUGUCUUGGAAAUAUCAACGUUAGAUUUUGAUGGUGGAUGGAAAAAAAUUGCUGCUGAAAUAGAUUUCUCUUUCCGGGAGAUCAAAUGUUUGGAAUUUGAUCGUAGGCCAACAGAGUCUCUUCUUCGAAUAUGGGGAUGUCAAAAUGCUACAGUAUGGGACUUAUAUAAAGUGUUACACAAAGUUGGCAGAUAUGAGGAAAUGAAACAUUUAGAACAAAUCAUACAAGAGGAAAAUAAGCCACUCUUACAUAUUCCUGAAGGCGUACACUACUUAAAUUAUGAACAAAUGAAUAAUUUGCAAUCUGAUAAAAAUGAUGAUUUUGUGGAUGAAAUCAAUCCAAAUGAUUUACCUCGGCCAAGUGAACUGGUACAUGGACAAUAUAAAAAUAGCUCAACCAACAAUAUAAAUGUAUCAGAUUCUGGAAAUGCUGCCUGUAACCAGAAAUACCCACCACACUGUUCAGGUGUAAAUCUAAAUACAUUCUCAUCUCUUCAAUGUGGUAUGUCUGGUUUAAUGGUAAAUAUGGAAGAAGUUACUUGUUCUUAUUCAUAUGAAGAAAUUGAAAGUGCCACAGAGUCAUUCAGUCAUUGUAUUGGAAGAGGUACUUUUGGAAGUGUUUAUUAUGGGAUUCUGAAGAGCAGUAAAUGUGCAAUAAAGAAAUUAUCCAAGGAUUUAAAUGGUAUCAACAAAGCAAUUAAUAUAUUGAAGAAAAAUCCACUUGAUGAAAUGAAACUACUUCUUAGAUAUCGUCAUGACAAUAUUAUAAAUAUUUAUGGAUAUUGCUUUCAUAAAGAUGAUAUAUACUUUGUAUAUGAGUUCAUGGACAAAGGUUCUUUGCAAGACUGUCUAUUAAAUGAUAAUGACUGCUUAAACUGGAUUGAACGACUGACUAUUACAAAAGGAAUUGCAUGUGGCCUGUACUACUUACAUAGCCACAGUGUUCCCGUGAUCCAUGGAGAUAUUAAGAGUUGCAACAUUCUGAUUAAUAAACACAAAGAGGCUAAAAUUGGUGAUUUGGGUUUAGCUGGAUUUUUGACUGAUCAUUCAUCUGAACUUUUGGAUCGUGUAUCCAAACAAGUGAAUCCAAAACUUUUUGGAACAAUAGCUUAUUUGCCACCAGAAUUUUGUACUUCAAAAGGGAAACGUUUCUUAGAAACAGAUAUAUACAGUUUUGGUGUGGUGUUACUAGAAAUUAUCACGGGAAAAUUAGCUUUUGAUGAUCGGUAUGCACCUAAAACACUGGUUGAGCAAAUGGAGUGUUCUUUAGAGGAUAAACCGAGAGAAUUAUGGUUUAAAGAAAGUGAUAAAAGAGUUGAAUGCCGGUCAAAGACUUUGAUACCUAACUUAUUUGACAUAGCUUUCAAAUGUGUCUCUGAAAGAAGAAAAGAUCGACCAGCAAUGAGUGAAGUGGUGCAAAAUUUGAACUGUUUGGAAAAGGAUUUCAUGAGAGAUAUCGAAGUUAAUGUUCCAGAAAUGCUUUAUGAAUCAACCAGUGAAUAUUGUCAGUCUAAUUCUUCCAACAGGAAUGACUUUGAUCCUUUUACAAGCUGUGAGCCAUUUAAGCUGCAGCGCAGCUGGGAUGAAAGAAAUAAAAAAAAAGUUGAGAAAAUAUCACAUUCUGAGAGUGUAGAAGACAAUUGUGCAAGUGAUAAUGUAGAAUCUCUUCCAGAUGAGGAACUAUGUUCUGAGACUUGUACAAGCACACAUGUGGAGUCAGUUUCGAGUGAAGAUGAGGAUACUAACAGCAAAACUGAAAGCGAUGGAAUGAGUUCUAAAGAAUUUUCAACAAGUAUAAAAGAUGAAAGGGAGAGCUUUUUCAAGAGCUAUGAAGCAAAGAAAUCUAAUUGUUUUCAUGAAAACUAUAAUAGCUCUGAUAAAUGUGGGUUAAAUGCAGAGUAGUAGUAGUUAUUCUUUAAGUUGACAAAAAAGCAGGUUAACUGUCAGAAACAAGCUUUGAUUGAUUUGUAAACACUUUGAAGUCCUCCUGAAGACAAAAGGUAUUAAUCUGGUUUAUAAAGGAUUUUGGAGUUUCUUGAUCUUGGUUCCCAUAAGUCUAUUAUUCAAAACUGCAGGGUAUGUAACAUUAAGGGCGAUAAAACUGGGGAACAUUUUCAAAAAAAUUUUUUAGUCGCCUUACUUUUUACAAUUAGUCUUAUUUAGUUUGAUGGUGCUGGGUUCAGAAAUGUCCUCUGAAAUUUUUUGUCAUGCCAAGUUUUUUUGUUAAACAGGAAUUAAUUUUUCACCAAAAAAAAAAAGGAAAAAGUCAAUGUCGCUGUUAAAUGCAGUACUGAAAUAUGAAACUAACACAAACCAAAUAAUACUUUUAUUAUUUAACAAAUAUAUUACACAAAAUGUUUAAUUGAACACCUUAGGAUUGAUAUUUCUGUCAAACUGAACUUAGAAUGAUAAUAACACUAAAUCAAGCACAGUGUGGGCAUAUCUGCUGGCAGAUACAACAAAAUCUACAAAUACGGGACAUGUAUGAAGUCAAGGAUCACAGAAAUAUAGUUUAUUAACUAAUUCUAUUAAGGACACUUUUGACAUCAGCAUGACAUUUAAAGCUGGUUGAAUUGGAAAUAGUGAAAGUUGCUUGAGUUUGACGUUUUUUAUUUAUUAAAGAUACUUAAUUCAUGGCUUUCGUAGUAGCGUUUACUUCAAAUGACAUUGAAAAAUUAGGUUUUCAAAGUUAGGUCAAGCUCUAUAGAUGGAUCCACCUUUGAUGAAGCCAAAUCUAUACUUAGAAAUGAUGACAAUAUCAGGAAUGCUGAAAAAUGGACAUUUGAAUUAGUGGAAAACCUUGGCAUGACAGAGCAAAAUGGAUUUCAUUUUUUAAAUCAGCACCCCAAAAUUACUAGGAAACUUAUCUCUGACACUAGACAGCAAAAACCAUGUUCCCCAAUGUAAUAGUAAAAAUCAAAAGAGUAACCAAGAACUUUUCAACAAAAUUGAGCUGUGUUCCAGCAUUCAUAGCUUUCUAAUGUCUGAUUGUCAUUUACCUGCAGUUUUAGACAACACAUUGAGUAUUUACUUCACAGUUGGGUACAUAUCUAUAGAGACAGAAAAAGGCAGCGAGCUGGCAGAAACGUUAGCACACCAGGCGAAAUGCUUAGCAGUAUUUCGUCUGCUGUUACGUCCUGAGUUCGAAUUCUGCCGAGGUCGACUUUGCCUUUCAUCCUUUCAGGGUUGAUAAAUUAAGUACCAGUUAUGCACUGGGGUCGAUGUAAUUGACUUAAUCCCUUUGUCUGUCCUUGUUUAGCCCCUUGUGGGUAAUAAAGAAAUUGUUGGAUAUGGUUUUUUUCUGUCUUUCAGUAAGUAAUCCUGUUAAUCGAACCCCCUUUUGGUACCAUUGACUUUGGGAUACACUAUAAUAAUGUUACGGAGAUAUACUUGCAUAGCAAAUGACCUGAUCUGAGAUCGUGUGCUGGAACGAAAACAAUUGCAGCAUGGAAGGUGUUUAUAAGCCAUUUAAGAAUGCUGCAGCACGGAAUUUUGUCAGUGAACAGGUCACAGUCUCAAAGCGACGAAUAUAUUUUGGCAAAUUAAAUUUAAAUGUUGAAGUGACUCUAACGGUUUUUGUGUGUUUCUUAAAUGGCUUAUAAACACCUUCCACGCUGCAAUUGUUUAUAAUAAUGUUAUUUUUAUAUUACAAUUCCUCUACAUUCAAAUUGAAAAUGAAAAAUAGAAAAAAAACAGUGAAAUUUGAGAUACUAUCACAUAAGAUGGAACUCAUUUCCUUUCACUCAUACCUUAUGUUUAUAUAUAUUCAAUAUCAUGGCUUCUAUAGUUUCUAAUCUUGUUACUAAGUCACAAAUUUGUUGAGAAAUUGAAUCAUUCAUUAUACUACUGGUACCCCUAGUAAGAUAGCAGAAUGUUAAGGGAUAUACUUAGAUAAUAUAUGGUUUGUGUGUGUGUGUAUAUAUAUAUAUAUUCUUUUACUGGUUUCAGCCAGAGGCUGAUGCCAUGCUGGAGCUCUGCCUUUCGAUGUUUUGGGGUCUCCUUUCAGUAGUGUUUUUUUGGGUGAAGAAACGAGUUGGACAAAGCUGCUCUUCUUUGUGCCUCCUGCCAUGAUGUGGGCUCAUCUGGGAUUUCAGACAGAAAUUUGUCCAGGUGUUUUUUGAACAUUUUCACAUCUACACCUAGCAGAUCUUGUGGGUCCCUUGGCAGGAUGUUAAACAGUCGUGAUCCCCUGAAACCCAGGCUGUUGCAAUACUAGGUACUUAUCUGAGAUGAAGAUGGUAUCUUUGGUAUUAUGCAGUGUCGUCCAGUUCGGUAGUUGGUUUAACUUGGCUUUAAACUCCAUUCAUGAAAUUUAAUUGUUAAAGGUUUUCAUUUACAAACAGUGGUACUUUUUAAGACUAUUAUUUUUAUACAAAAUAAAUUUAAGAGUUAUUUAUAAAUGCCUACUUAAUUUUAAAGAUACACUCAUAGGCAUGACACUGGUGUAAUUAUAUUUAUAAUAAAAUUGUUAUUACCCUCCUUUAA